AUGGACAGAGCAUUAUUGCCCCUCCUCCGCCGCCUCUUCGCCGGCCACGCCCUCGCCACCAAGGCCCUCGACCUCUUCCGCUUCUCCCUCCACCACCACCACCACCCACCCCCCUCCCCCUACGCCCUCUCCACCACCCUCCACCACCUCUCCCGCGCCCGCGACUUCGACUCCUCCUUCGCCCUCCUUGAAGACGUCGCCCGCUCCCACCCCUCCCUCCUCUCCCCCAAGCCCCUCGCCGUCCUCCUCUCCCGCCUCGCCAAGUUCCGCCCUUUACCCGAGGCCCUCGACGCCUUCGACCGCGCCGAGCGCACCUGGGCCCUCGCUGGCCUCGCCUUCGGCGCCGACGAGUUCAACGCCCUCCUCCGGGCCUUCUGCUCCCAGGGCCUCGUCGCCGAGGCCCGCGCCGUCUUCCGCCAGCUCCACCACCGCUUCCCCCCCAACGCCCGGACCCUCAACACCCUCCUCCUCGGCUUCAAGGAGUCCGGCCAUCUCGUGGCGCUCGACCUCUUCUACCACGACAUGCUGGCCCGGGGAUUCGAGCCCGACGCCGUCACCCACUGCAUCCGGAUCGACGCCUACUGCAAAAAGGGGCAAUUUUUCGAUGCUUUGGAGCUUGUGGACGAGAUGACGAAGAAGAAUUGCACGCCGACGGUCCAAACCAUGACCACUUUGAUCCAUGGGGCUGGCAUCGUGAAGAACCCUUUGCGUGCCCGCCGAUUGUUCGACGAAAUGGGCGAGAGAGGACUGAGUCCGGAUAGAGGGGCUUACAAUGCUUUACUGGGUUCCUACACGAGGGUCGGGGAUUUGAAGAGUGCAAUGGAGCUUUUGGAUGAGAUGGAGGCGAAGCGGAUCGGGCUUGACGACGUGAGUUACUACACUCUGUUCUGUGGGUUCAAGAGGUUGGAGGAAUUGGAUGGAUUUUGGAAACUAUAUAGGAGGAUGGUGGAGAGGGAAUUUGUACCAAGGACGAGGACAGUGAUGCUGUUGAUGAAGGUGUUCUGCGAGAAUGGGAGGGCCGACUUGGGGUUGGAGUUGUGGAAUUAUUUGGUGGACAAGGGAUGUUGCCCUCACCGGCAUGCAUUGGAUCUGCUGGUGACUGGUUUGUGCUGCAGAGGGAGGGUGGAGGAGGCUUACCACUGUUUUAGGCAGAUGGUGGACAGGGCGUCGGUGCCAUCGGAGAGAGCUUUUCGGGUGUUGGAGGGGUUUUUGAUGCAAGGUCAGGAGAUGGAGAAGGUGGAGGAGCUUGGCCGCAUGAUGAAGGGAGUGCAAGCUUUUGCACCUUCCUCAUGUUAG